AUGACGACUCCGUCGGCCACAGUGUCUGCGUCCUCCCCGCCAGGGACGCGACCAGAAAGUUACAACAAGAAAUCGCACCACGAUCUGCAGAAUAAAGGAUACCAAAACCCAUGGGAGUCAUAUUCACAUUUGUCAGUCCUUACGAUCUGGAAAUGGGUCUUCUGGGAUUCCUUGACUGGUGCCCGGAAGAAGCCCGACACGACUCCACCGACAGUUACAGUGCGCAAACCCACGUUCCUAGCCACACGUCAGACGGAUAGGCUGCGAGCAACAUGGCUCGGCCACGCUUGUUAUUUCGUCGAGUUUCCUGGUGGAUUGCGAGUCCUGUUCGAUCCUGUAUUCGAGGAUCGAUGCUGCCCAGCCGGUGUCCCUGGUCCCAAGCGCUUCACAGAGAUGCCAUGUCAGGUAGAAGAUAUUCCAUUUAUCGAUGCUGUGGUCAUCUCACACAACCACUACGACCACCUGUCACAUCCAACAGUCAUGGCCAUAAGGAAGAAGUUCCCGAACGUGCAUUUCUUUGUCCCGUUGGGCAACAAGCAAUGGUUUGACGCGCUGAAAAUCGUCAAUGUGACAGAGUCAGAUUGGUGGGACCAAAGCGAGUUCAAAAUUGCCGCACACGACGACCAGGCAGAGAUUUCGGCUACGAUCUCGUGUUUGCCUUGUCAGCACCAAUCUGCUCGAACAGCCUUUGACCGAUGCAAAUCCCUGUGGGCAUCCUGGUCUGUCCGAUCCGGCGGUAAAAACAUAUUCUUCGGCGGCGACACAGGCUAUCGAACAGUUCCACAACUGCCAGAGACCGAAUUUGAUUACGGGGAGAAGUAUACCCAUCUACCACAUUGUCCUGCUUUCAAAGAAGUCGGAGAACUUCGUGGACCUUUCGAUUUCGGCAUGAUUCCCAUUGGAGCGUACAAGCCGCGUCACUUGAUGUCGCCUGUUCACGCGAAUCCUUACGAUUCGGUCAAUAUCUUUGUGGACACUAAAUGCAAAAGCGCGAUGGGAAUUCAUUGGGGCACUUGGGUUCUGACCGAUGAGGACGUUUUGGAGCCGCCAAGGGUGCUCAAGGAUGCGCUUGAGUGGAAAGGUCUCCCGAAAGAGGGAGUUUUUGAUGUUUGUGAUAUUGGUGAGAGCAGAGAAUUUUGA